AUGAUCAAAACAGAAUUUAUUGAUUCAAUGAAAUAUCGCACUAAAACUAUUAUAAAAGACAUUUCAAAUAUCAUCCAAUAUAAUAAUCGCUAUGCAAAGUCAUAUUUAUCUCUUAUUAAACACAUUUCUGAUGAUUAUCAUGUCAAAGAGGUCAGCAAUAUCAGACCUAUUUUAAAUAUCCUGUUUUAUAAAGAAUAUGGAAUUAAAUUAGACAAUUCUUAUGAUUUGGAAGAAUUGUGCUCAGAAAACCUUGAAAUUCAUACAGAAAAUACAAUUUACAGAGCGAUUAUGAAAAAUAACUUAGAAAGAUUCAUCCAAUUCACAGAAUUAGAUGGAUUUGAUAAAAAUCAAACACUUAAAAGUGUAAUAUAUCCAUAUUAUAAUAAAGGAUAUUCAUUACUUGAAAUAUGUUGUUAUCAUGGCGCUGUUGAUUGUUUUAAGUUAUUAAGAACGAAAUUCAACUCAGAAAUAACUCAAAAAUGCCUAGAAUUUUCAUUUUUAGGAGGAAAUCCAGAUAUCAUGAGUGAAUGCUUGAAAUAUCAAACACCAAAAGAAUAUUGCAUGAAAUAUGCAAUUAUAUGA